AUGUGCGGGACCGGCCUCGCGGGGCAGCCCCCUGCCCCGCCCAGCUACGUCAUCACCCGACACCUGGAGGGCGACGUCUACACUACGGCAGCGGGGCAGCGCUGCCCCGGGCAGUGCGGGUCGGGGAGCGGCGGCACCGCGCUGGACGUGGCGGGCUCGGACUGCUCCUGCCAGUGCCUGCCCAGCCUGCCCAUCUUCCGGGACGACCUGCACGUCUGCGUCGACGACAUCCACGAAUGCAGCCUGGUUCCGUUUGUCAGCGGCUCCGCGUCGCAGACGGUGCCGUUCGUCUUCCUGCCCCUCAAGGGCCAGAUCAUCUUCCCCAGCGCCGAGAUCCAGUUCCCCGGCAACAGCACCCCGAUCUGCGUGGUGUCCGGGGCGCGGUUCCUGGCCAAGGCGGGCUGGGUGGACAUGCGCAACCACUCCGACACCGAGCCGCCCCUGCGACUGCUGCGUGACAACGGCAGGAGCUACUUGCAGUGGCUGGGCGAGGCUGCGCUGCGCCGCUCCAUGGAGGGCCGCCUGCUGCUGGUGCAGCUCAUGUGCAAGGAGGAGCAGUCCUUCUUCACGCCCUGCGUGGGGCUGCGCGUCGCCGGGACGCCGAACAGCUUCAGCGGCGUCAAGGAGGUGUCCUUCUCCCCCGUGAGUGGCGGCGGCAGCGGCGGCGCCACGUCGGAGUCCUGGGGCUCCGGCGCGCUGGGGGCGGGCUGGCUGGUCGGCGCGUCCGGCGGCCUGCUCGGCCUCGCCUACGUCCUGGCCGCGCUCGUCUACAUGCGGACGCGGCGCAGGAAGAACUGCAAGAAGCGGGAGCGGCAGCUGGCCGGCGUGGCGGCGUCCAGGAUGGAGGAAGGCAGUGGACGCGACAACGGCGCCUACCUGGCCAGCAGCUCGGCCUCGUCGUCCUGCUGCUCGGACUCGGAGGGCGAGACGCCGGCCUCGGACAGCGGCCUCAGCCACGGCGACAGGCAGCGCCGCGGCCACACCGACCUCGCCCCGCACGGCCUCGUGUCCGUGGUGGUGCACGGCAGCCCCAGCAGCCUCGCGCACUCCGACCACUACCUCGUGCAGGACCCGGCGGGGAUCGAACGCCUCCCCGAGGAGGACGUCUCCAUCGUGGAGACCCUGGACGUGGAGCGGCCCGACGCGGUGCGCGCCAUGGCGGGGCCUCCGCGGAGGAAGCUGUACUUCAACCCGGCGUACUUCGACCCGGAGCUGCUCGUGGCGCCUCCGCCCGCCGCGCUGGAGUUCCUGUCCAAGAUCAGGGAGGUCAUCAGCCUGGCCAAGCACAAGAUGGCGGCCAAGCGCUUCGCGCCCAGCCUGCUGCAGAUCCCCGAGGAGGAGUCCUCGACGUCGUCGACGACGUCGCAGCCACGACUCGCGGCGCCGCCGGGCGUCACCAGGACCCCGCGGCCCGCGUCGCCGCCAGCGCCGCCGCCCGCGCCGAGCAGCCGGUCCUGCCCCGGGUGCCCCGGGUGCACGGCGUCGCAGCUGCCCCCGCCGCUGGCGCCCCUCCCCUCCCCGCCCCUGCCGCUGGGCUGCAACGUGUGCGCCAGCGGGCCGCACUCCAAGCAGCAGCACAUCCGGAAGUGGCUCGAGGAGGUGCGCGCGCCGCGGAACGGCGAGCUGGACGACUCGGGGUCCGUCAAGAGCGAGGGCUCCGUGUACGGCCCCGUCACCCCGCUGCGGCCGAUGCAACGCCCCGGCGGCGGCAGCUUCCGCCAGAGCUCCUCCAACCAGGGCGUCGCGGCGGCGGGCGGCGCCGCGGGCGGCGCCGCGGGCGCGUCCGGACGCCGGAAGUCGGCGCCGAGGACGCCCGCCAAGCUCAUGCUGGAGAACAUGCGCGCCGCGCGCGCGCUCGAGGCGGACCCCGUCAAGGGGUUGCCGCCCAGAGUGCCGCUCCGCGUGCCGAAGCCCCCCGUCCACAACAACGACCUCAACAACAACAAGCACGACGACCCGGCGCCCAGCAGGGUCAUGGCCGAGGACAACAGCUUCCGAAGCCGCGCCGGCAGCGUGAAGGCUGUCAGCAGCAACAACAGCAAGGACGAGGGCGCGUUCAGAAACAGGAGCGGAAGCGUCAGCAACGGCGUCAGCAACAACAACAAGGACGAAGGCGCGUUCAGAAGCAGGAGCGGAAGCGUCAGCAACGGCGUCAGCAACAACAACAAGGACGAAGGUGCGUUCAGGAGCAGGAGCGGAAGCGUCAGCAACAACAACAACAAGGACGAAGGCGCGUUCAGAAGCAGAAGCGGAAGCGUCAGCAACGGCGUCAACAACGGCGUCAGCAACAACAAAAUUCAGAACGCCGAGGACGCACCAGUCAACCGAGUCAGAAGCAACAGCGUGAGCAAUAGCAUCAAUGUUAGCAUUAAGAAUAAGUUAAGUGAUACCAGUGUAGCCAACAGCGCGGGCAACGGCGUGAACGGCGUUAGCAAUAAGGACACCAGUGCCGAGCCCAACCAGUUCCGAGUCCGAAGCAGCAGCAUCAGCGCCAUGAACGAGACGAACGCGGCGCGGACCAGGGUGGCCAACGGGCGGCCGGCGGACGGGAGCUUCCGAGGCGGCAGCGGCGGCAGCGCUACCAACCGCAUCCACGUGUCCGCGGAGGACGCCAUCGUGCGGCGCAACGCGAUGCACUCGCCGCCGCCGCCGCCCCCGACGUCCGCCCCCGCGCCGCCGCCGGGGCUGGUCGCGCAGCAGAAGGAGGCCAUCGCCAGGAAGCUGAGCGUGACCGCCCCGCCGCCCCCAGCGGCAGCGCCGCCGUCGCGGAGUCGGACCACGGCGCCGUCGCCGCCGCCGCCCCCCCCGCCCCCGCCGGACAAGCCGGAGGUGCCGAAGAUGCUGAUGGACGCCGUCAUCAAGGAGCUGGUGGUGCAGCGCGGCCUGGAGACGGUGGCGCCCAAGUCGCUGCCCGCCAUGCCCGCCGUGCCCGACGCCGCCAAGGCCUCCCCGCCGCACAGCGCCCCGCACAGCGCCCCGCAGACCGGCCGCCAGCCGCACAGCCUGGGCGCGUCCACGCCCUCCGAGUACGGCGACGUGCCCAUGACCCCUGUGGCCACGCACCGCGCCAUCACCAGCGGGCUGCAGCGCCUGCAGCAGAAGCCCGCCGCCCCCGCGGCCCCCGCCGAGGACGACAACGAGUACGAGAUCAUCGUGCUGAGCCCGGAACCCCCCAUCGUCAUGAACGGCGACGUGGUCAUGAAGCACGACCAGAAGGACAAGCCAAAGCAACAGCCCUUCAGCCUCCCCAACUUCCUGACCAACAGCGAGGGCUACAGCCUGGUCAGCGAGGUCUACGUCAACGACAACUAUAGCUUCAGCAGCAGCGGCGGCGCCUCGCCGUCGCCGAGCCACUCGUCCACGUCGGCGUCCUCGGAGAACAACAUCAAGUACUCGGACAAGCAGCCGGGCCACCUGACCAUCCAGGUGGACGACUCCCCGGACAACAAGAGGCACACGCCCGAGGCGGACAACUUCGAGCCGGACACGCUGGACCGCAAGUCCGUGACCAAGGUGCGCGCGCACCGCCUGGGCUCGGCCAGCUCGGGGGCGUCGGACCCGCUCCACGACGCGUACCUGGACUCGCUGGAGCGGCCCGGCGGCGCCAUCCUGCUGCGGACGGCGGGGAGCUUCCGGUCCGCGGAGCCGCCGCCGCUGCCCAUGCUGCAGCAGCAGCAGCACCUGCCGGCCUGCGCCAGCCACGCCCUCGGCCACGCCGCCCAGCAGCCCUCGCCGUUCAACCGCAUGUUCGGCUCGCUGCGGGAGAUCUACGAGUCGCGGGCGCGGUGCCGCGCGCUGGACUCGCUGCCCGUCUGCACGCAGAGCCUCCACGGCAGCCUCCACGGCAGCCUCCACGGCAGCCUCCACGGCAGCCUCCACGGCGGCAGCCAGUACUCGGACACCGACUGCACGUCGGUGGCGUCGUCGCGGCGGUCCGUGCGGUCGGCGCACACCACGGCGUCGUCGACGCGCGCGUCCAAGCAGCGGCGACAGCGCUUCCCGUCGCCGCCACCCUCGCGGGGCGCGAGCAAGUCCAACGGCAAGCGGAGCUCCCGCAAGGCCAAGACCAGCAACGGCUUGGAGACGCGCGCGCCGCCACGGCCACCGCCGCUGCGGCCGCCCAAGCCCAAGCCGCCGGCCGCGCCGCCGCAGGCGCUGUACCAGGAGCCGCCGCCGCCGCGCCCCGUCAACGAGCGUGAGGCCAGCCCCGCGGACCGGCCGGACCGGCCCCCGCUGCCGCCGCGGAACCCCAAGCCCGCGCUGCCCCCGAAGCAGAGCUCUGGCGGGGGCGGCAAGCGCCAGGCGGCAGGCAACCCCGCGCACCGGCCCCUGCCCCCGCUGCCCCCGCUACCCCCGCUGCCGCCGCGCGGGCCGCGCGCCGCGGAGCAAGACACGGACGCCAUGUCCGUGGCGUCGGCGGACAGCCUCAACUCGUCGGACUACGAGGCGUUCUACUCCAUGCCCCUGUCCGCGCCCAGCCCGCCGCCGCCCUCCGUCAAGGGCCAGUUCAUCCUGCAGGCCAACCGGCCGUCCGUGUCGGCGGCGUCCUCGCCGGUGUCGCGUCGCAGACACCGCGACCGCGACCGCGACCGGGACCUGUCGGACGCCGGCUCGGAGAAGGCCGUGUCCUUCAGCGGCACCACCUUCCUGCAGGAGACGCAGCUGCUGGCGGGGUCGCGCGCGCGCGCGGGCAAGGACCUGGUGCGCCACCUCCGCGACAAGCGGGGCUCGGACUCGGUCAAGAAGUCCUGGCGCAAGGUGGUGGACCGCGACCAGCGGGACCACGGCGGGCACUCGCCGGGCAUCCCCAUCCUGUUCCCGCCCAUGCUGCCCCACAAGCCGGAGGACUCCGGGUACCUGAGCACGGACUCGAACGAGUCCAAGCGGCGCGUGAGCCUGGGCCACGGCCACGGACAGAGCCUCAACGGCCUGCACAAGGGCCAGAGCCAGGGCAGCCUGUCCGAGACGGAUGAGUCCCUCUGCGACGGCGCCUCCGAGUCCGGCGGCGAGAGCGUCGCCACGGACUCCUUCUUCUUCGGCAGCUUCCGCGGCGGGCCCGCCUCCUCCGCCCCCGGGGGCGGCUCCUCCGCGGACCGGAGGCGGAGCGGGGGCGGCGGCCACGCCGGCGGCAGCAGGAGGGGCAGUGUGGUGUUAGUGUCGCAGUGACAAACAGACUGAAGCGUGGAUCGACUUCUCGAUCGAAGAAUAUCGACGUGCCUGUCGAUAAUGUUCAAAUGAUUGAUUGAUUUAUCAAUUUAUUGAUCGACUUAUCAAUUGAUUGAUUAACCGAUUGAUUAAUUGAUGACAAUCAAACCCGGUGCUCAUAAUAAAUAAAUAAAUCUAUUUAUAGUGAAUAAAUGUAUUUAUGUCUCGUGAA